AUGAAUCGAUGCAGUGUGACUAAAUCGAAGGGAGAAAGCAAGAAUGUGAAGGAAGAGAUUGUGACUGAACCGAAGGGCCGCGGCAGCAGGCGCGCCAAGGCUGAGGAUGAUGCCGUCGAAGAGAAGGGCGCCGUGAAACGCGCGAAGGAAAAUGUUGUGGUGGGAGAAAAGGGUGGCGGCAAACGCUCAAAAGAGAGCACCGCGGUCGAGGAAAACGGCGUCGUGAAAAACGUAACGGAAAACGGCGUUGUAGGAGAAAAGGGCGGGGGAAAACGUUCGAAGGAGUCCACCGCGGUGGAAGAGAAAACAGGGACAAAGCGCGCCAAGGUGAACAACGGCCGCAGCGUCAGUCGUGUGGAGGCUCCACGUCAGCCCAAGGCAGAGAAAGGGGGGAAGGGAAAGCCUCCACGUCAGCCCAAGGAAGAGAAGGGGGCGAACGGAAGGGCUUCAGGUCAGCUCAAGGGAGCGGAAAAAGAAGCGAAGAAGGCGCCUGGGAAGGCGAGGAAGCGCGGCAAGGCUCCAGCGAUCGACGACGACAUGAUCCAAGUGAAGCAGGCUCCGCUCGCCGACUCAGAGGAAGCUGCAAUCGUGCUCACGCACCCGUCGGAUCCAGCAGCCGCGGCGGCGGCGGCGGAGAAGAAGGCGCCGGUGCGGCAGCUGCUGGACUUCGUGUUUCACGACGCGGACGGCGCGCUCAUGCCGCUCGACAGCUUCGACGCUCUGGCGGCGCGUGGGGAAGGACUCUUUGUGACAGCCGUCAUUCUUCCCGAGACCGCCGCGCUGCGCCAUAUGGAGGGUUACAGGUGCGAGGCGUUCGGGCCCAUCGACGGGUGGUACAUCGACGGUUACGAGAAGACGAACACAGCAGCGCGCAUCAUGAUCACCACGGACGCUGCCACGUACGUCUGCUGCCGCCCCGCCGCCAAGCAGAAGAAAGACUUCACCCCGCUUCAGGGCCUUUCCAAGCUGGGCGGGGGCGAGCCCACCCUCUCCCUGCCAAAGGUGGUGGCGCGUGCUUCAAGCUCUUACCCCGUUCCUCCCCAUUCCCGUUUCCCUCCCCCUUCCAAACAGGACAAGGCCAAUCUGUGCGUGGAGGUUUUCAGAGCCCUUUCCAAGCCGGACGGGGGCGACCCUACCAUUUCCCUCCCAGAGGUGGUGGCGCGCGUGUCGAGGGCGCUGGGGCGGCCGUGCAGGGACGACCUGGUGGCUGCACAUGCGUUUGUGGCGCAGCAGCUAUGCGGACUGGACGAGGACGCGGAUGAAGACGACCAGCUCUUCUCAGGGCUGCCUGCGCUAGAACAGCUACUGGAGGUGCAUGCGUGUGUGGCGCAGCAGCUGUGCGGGCUGGACGAGGACGCGGAUGAGGACGACCGGCUGUUCUCCGGGCUGCCUGCGCUAGAGUCUCUGAAAGAGGAGGGAGCCAAGCACGCAGCUGUCCGGAGCAUUGUGGAAGCCAGGCAAGCCAGCGCCAAGGAACACACGGGCAAGAAUCCAGCUGCUACAAACGGAGCCCUCGUUAUAAGAGACACCGCUGGCGGCAGCGGCAGCAGCAGCAGGGCCGGCGAGGGAGCAAGCGUGGGAAUUGAUGACGAGGAGUUGGCUAGGCUGGUGGCCGAAGAGGAGGAGAAGGAAGCAGAGGCGAAGAGGGGAGGUGGACGGAGGAAGGGGGCUGGGGGCGGUGGCAGGCAGGAGAGGUAUUUGAAGAUCAAUGAGAAAGAGCUGGCUGAUGACUACCCGCCCCCGAGAUACUACAAGAGCGUGGACGAGGAAACAGACGAGUUCCUGUUCGACGACCCACUCCUCACCGCUGUGCCCUCCUCUUCUCCCGCCCCAUCCCCCUUCCCCCACUCCCGCCCUUCCCCAUCUCCGCUGCCCUCAUGGCAACUGCUUUUCCAGAGCGUGGACGAGGAAACGGACGAGUUCCUCCUGUUCGACGACGCCACCGCUCCGCUCUACCCCGACGACCUGCCGCGGCGCCGCCUGGACGACUGGGCGCUCUACGACGACCAGCUGCGCUUCGUGCCUCUUGAGCUGCUGCCCAUGCUGCCGGGGGUAGCCGCGGACUCCCUCGUGUUCGGCUCGGGUGUUAUGAUGGAGGACGAUGGGAGCGGCUUCAGCCUCGACGAUCCCACUGUUGAAUCCGCUGGCACUACCCGGGGUGACGGUGCUGGUGGUUCUUCAGGUGGCACUUCAGGUGGUUCUUCAGGUGCUUCAGGGAGUGGUUCCGGGUCAGGAUCUGAUCCCGCAGCAGCGGAUGGUGGUGAUGGUGGCGCCGGUGGUAUCCGGGUGUAUCUGAGCGCGAUCAAGGAGUGGAUGAUCGAAUUUGGGGCCGGCAUGCUUUUUGUGACCAUUCGAACCGAUGGGGCAUGGUACAGGCUCGGCCGCCCUUGUUCCGCCUAUGUCCCCUGGUACCGCCCGGUUCUGCGCACAGCCCGGCUGGCAAUCCGAGUCAUCGAGAUGCUGAGUGGCGAGUCCCGGGCAGCGCGCUUGUCUUUUCUGGACGUGGUGACGAAGCUGGCGCAGGAGCGGAUGGCGGAGAAGCAGCAGAAGAGCGGCAAGGUGCCGGCACGUGGGGACUUAGCUAAGUGUUUUGCUGAAUUGGAGCGGUUUUUAGUGGUGCAUGGGAACAUCAUCCUGCAGCAGUUUAGAGAGUACCCAGUGGAGACAAUCCGCCGGAGCCCCUUUAUAAGCACGCUGCGAGAAAAGAUGGAGAUGCGAUCGCAUACCGAGCUAAAAGUUAGUAUGAAAAAGGCAGCGAUGAUUGUCGCAAGCAGAGGUAGCAAUGGACGUGGUGGGGGUGACGGUGGGAGUGCGAGGAAUGCGAAUCCUGCUGCGGCUUUAAGGCCUGAUGCUAGUAAGAGGAAGCCUAUGCGUGCUACCACGACUCAGCUGGUCCACAGGAUCUGGAAGGAGUAUUAUGAACGGUUCGGAUUGAAGCGGGAUGAGGUGGGGGCGGGUAAAGGGGGGGGUGAGGGAGAGGAGAAUGGGAAGGUGGAGGGUGAGGAGGUGGAGGACGAAGAGGAAGGAGGGGAGUUGAAAGAUGGGGAUAGUGAGGAUGAGGAGGAGGAGGUUGAGGAGGUAGCGGGUGCAAGGCAAACCAAGGGGAGUAAAACGAAGGGGAUUAUAGCGAAGAGCGCAGAACUAGAUAAGGAGGCUGGUGUGACCGAUAAGGGAAAAGCAGCUGUUGCUGGUGGUGAGGCUAAGAAGGGGAAGGAAGCUGUUGCUGGUGGGUGCAAGGCGAGAGCAGUAAAGGACUCCACUCAGGGCGUGACAUGGAUGGGUGCAAGCACAGGCCGCACUGAGGAAGACCAUCCUGCCUACGCGGCAGCCUCAGUGUGGGGGUUAGAAGUCAAGGCAGGGAUUGUGGUGCUUGCUGCUGUGGCAGAGGGCGAGGAUGACGGGGACGAGGGGCGGUGGAGAGAGGAGGAGGAGAGGCUAGUGUUGGUGGAGUAUAUGUGGGAUGAGGGGGGUGUGGGGGGUGGCGCGGGCAGGAGGAGGAGGGGCGAGGGGAUGAAGGCGCAUGGGCGGGUGAUGAUGAGGGGGAGUGAGACGGUGCUGGGGAAUGCGGCGGACGAGUGGGAGCUGUUCGUGUCGGAGCACUGCGUUGACUUCCCCCUCACUGCCAUCCGUGAGCUAGCGCCAGUGACGCAUCGCAAGCAGCCAUGGGGCGUGGAGCACAGGCUGAGGAACAUGGAGGAGCAUGAGAGGGAGAGGGAGCGAAUGGAGAAAAUUUUCAAGGAGACAGGGCAGCGCUCCUUCUUCUACCGUCUCCUCUACAACCCCUCCCGUGGCGGCUUUUUCGACCUGCCCAAGAGCCUGGGCAGCGGAACGGGCAGGUGUUGCUCGUGUGACGAGGACACAGAGAGGGAUAGGAUGAUGGAAGUGCGGAGGCUGGGGGAUGGGGAGGAGGGAUUUGCUUACUUAGGGAAGGAGUUUCGGGUUCAGGACUUCGUGUUCUUGCAUCCAGCAGCAGUGGGGGAGGAGAGCGAGGGGAAGAAGUUCAAGAUAGCGAAAGGAGGGCGGAACAUUGGGCUGCGGGCGUGGCCUAUCGGGCAGAUUGAAAAGUUUGUAGCUCCGACCGGUGGGGCAAAGGAGGUGCCUGAAAAGAUGGUGGUGAGGAGGUUCUUCCGCCCUGAAGAUGUGCCGAAUGAGGGUGAUGAGAUCGCAUAUACGGCACACAUCCGAGAGGUGUACUACAGUGAAACCCUAAUCACUGUAGACGUGACAGACGUGAUCGGCAAGUGCCGCGUGCAGCGGGGCAAGCCCACCGCAGCAACUGCUGCAACAGGGACAGAGGCGGAUCACUCGGGCUUUAACAUCGGGGGGUGCCUGGAGGAGGAGCUGAUGGGCGGCGACUUUGUCUUCUUCUGCGACCGCCUUCUCAAAGAUGGCUCCGUCCGAAUGUUGCCCCCUGGGAUUCGCUUCGGCCCUUCUUCAGCAGCAGCAGCAGCGUCACCAAUCAAGGACAAGGGCAAGGGCAAGGGCAAGAGCGUUGCUGCCGAUGACGACGCCGACGCGGAAGCUGCAGCAAUAGAGGCAGCAGCAGUGGCUAGAGCCCGGGCGAAGGGCAAGGGGAAAGCAGCUGCAGAGGAGCCAGACGAACCCACCAGCAAGGCUGCAGCUGGGGCGAAUAAACAGGAGAAAAAGCAGGAGAAGCAGGAGGAGAAGGAGAAUAAGGGGAAGCAGGAGGAGGGGCAGCAAGGGGUGGGAAACAGCAGCAAGGGCGGCACUGGUGUGCUGCGGACGUUGGAUAUAUUUGCGGGGUGUGGCGGGCUGUCAGAGGGGCUGCAGCGGUCGAGGGCGUGUGAGACGCGGUGGGCCAUCGAGUAUGAGCACCCAGCGGCUGAGGCGUUUCAGAAGAACCACCCCGACGCCGCUGUCAUCUGCGCCAACUGCAACGUGGUGCUGAGGUCUAUGAUGGAGCAAGCAGGGCAGCUGGGCGACUGUGUGUCAACGCCAGAGGCGGAUGAAGCAGCAGCAAAGAUGGCCGAGGGGGAAAAGGGCAAGCUGCCUCUGCCUGGCCAAGUGGACUUCGUCAAUGGGGGCCCGCCCUGCCAGGUACGCAGGUUCCAGGUGGCGCCUACCCCACCUGCACUAGUGGUGAGAGUGGGACAGACGGCCGAGGCAGAGAGCGGCGAGCUGCUGCUGCCGGGCCAAGUGGAGUUUGUGAAUGGGGGGGCGCCCUGCCAGGGAUCCUCCGGAAAGAACCCAUGGAGCAAGGGUUUCUCCGGAAUGAACCGCUUCAACCAGAACCCAUGGAGCAAGGUGCAGUGCGAGAUGAUUCUCGCCUUCCUCUCCUUCGCCGAUUUCCUCCGCCCCAACUACUUCCUCCUCGAGAACGUGCGCAACUUUGUCUCCUUCAAUGGCGCCCGCACCUUCCGCCUGGCCCUUCGGACGCUGCUCGCCAUGGGCUACCAGGUCCGCUUCGGUGUGCUGCAAGCGGGGAACUUCGGAAUAUCUCAGUCCCGCACGCGGGCCUUCAUCUGGGCUGCAGCACCGGGCCACGUGCUCCCUGAGUGGCCGCAGCCUCUGCACGUCUUUGCCUCCUCCCAGCUCUCCGUCCCCCUCACCACCUCCGCUGCUGGCGGCGCCUCUGCUGCUAGUGGUGCUGCUGAUGGCGCGGCUAGUAUUGGUCACUUCAGCACGGCUAGCUCGCUGGCCAAUGAGGCGUGUCCACGUGGCCCUGCAGUGGGGGCACCGCUGCGGUCGAUCACGGUGCGGGAUGCGAUGGGGGACCUGCCAAGCAUUGAGAACGGGGCAGAAGAGGAGGAGAUGGAGGUGAGUCACAGGGUGGGAGUGGUGAGUGGUGAAUGCGGCAUACUCGUUUCUGGUUUCAAGAAGCCUCAAAACCCAAGCGCUUCCCAACACUCUCCCUCCCUUCCCCCUUCCCCAUUCACUUCCACAGUACUCCUCCAACCCCUCCUCGUGGUUCCAACGUAUUCUUCGGAGCCCUCCUCCUGGUUCCAGAGGAGCAUCAGAGCCCAGCAAGCCAGGCUACUGGACCACACGUGCAAGCGCAUGAACGAACUCAACCUCAAACGCUGCCAACACAUCCCCAGGCGCCCAGGGGCGGACUGGCGGGACCUGCCAGAUAUCAAGGUGCGGCUGUCGGACGGCCGUGAGGCAGAUUUGGUCCCCUGGUGCCUACCCAACACCAUGGAGCGGCACAAUAACUGGAAGGGGUUGUUUGGGCGGCUGGACUGGGCGGGCAACUUCCCCACGUCUGUGACGGACCCCCAGCCAAUGGGGAAAGUGGGCAUGUGCUUUCACCCCGAGCAGGACCGCAUUGUCAGCGUGCGCGAGUGUGCGCGAUCGCAGGGCUUUCCCGACUGGUACCGCUUUGCUGGCAACAUUCAGGCCAAGCAUCGCCAGAUCGGCAAUGCUGUCCCUCCACCUCUUGCCCUGGCUCUGGGCUUGCAGCUCAGGAAGGCUCUCUUGGAGACGAGGAAGAUAAAUGGAGCAGAAGUGGAGAGAGAGGGUAAGGAUGAGGCAAAGUAA